AUGGCACAAAUGAUUCUGUAAAGUUGGUUCUAAAGAUCUUAGGGGCUACGGAUUUUCUAAAGAUUCAUCCAUCUCAUUUUACUUAAUUAUUUUUUUUCAGAAGUCAGUGCUCAAACAGAAAUCAGCCGAUCCUUUUUUAGUCCUUUUAGCACAGAUGAUAGUAAUUAAAGCUUUUAUUAUAGAUUGGAAAGCAUACUUAGCAUAAAAUUCUAACCACAUCACUAAUUGUGUAACUUCUGAUAUAUACGGAGGACGAUUGGUCUUUAAUUCAUAGACUGUCAUAACGAAGACAUAUAUCCUUCCUCCUCAUUAUAAGAUAUAGUUUGAAUUCAAAUUCUGGAGGUUUGUAUUUUUUUACAUUUAUUACUUAGAUUGGAUCCUUGGUCCUCCGCAUAUUACAUCUUAUUUAUUAAUGGAUAAUAAGAAUACUCCUCUAAUCCAUUCAAUAAUACAGGAGAAUAAAUUUGUGGAAGUGGAACUCUUGGAUAGAUUGAUUAAGUUAGCAAAUAAGUUGCUCAUACAGGAAAUUCAGCCAUAAUAUUUAUAGUUUCUAGAUAAAAUUCAGCAUACUGGGGAAUCUCUGAUUUCAUAUUGUCAGUUUUGAAAUGUCCACAUUUUUGUGAUUCAGAUGGAGUUUGUCUUAAAUGGUAUAGGGUUUUAGCUUAUUUUAAAACUCUAAUAUUGGUAGAUGGAUAAGGAUGGGAAAAAGAUAAUGCUCUUUUUAACAAUGUAUUAGAUUGUGGUAUUUUUCAAUACGUAUAUCUAGGUUUUUAAUACUAUGGAAACUUUUAAACAUCAUAAGUGGCCUCAAUAAAUUUAAAUUUAAAUGAUCCUCAUACAUAGUUAAAGCUUUCAUUCAUAUUUCUAACUUUAGAAAUCACUGGCUCUGUAACCAUUGAAGUAAUAGGUGAUACAUAGUUAUAUUAUUUUGCUCCUCCUCUAACUUUUAUAACAACUGAUGAUUAUCUUUGUGGCUCUUAUUUAAAAAUGACCAAGGUUGAAAUUUAUGGAUUUCCUUGCACUUCCACAUCUAUGACUAUAUCCAUUGGUACUCCAAUUUUUNCUAAGGUUAGGUCUUUGGAGUAUGUGUAAAUUGCUAGAAGUGGAGGAUUUGGUGUAGAAAUAGGUAGUAUUGGAUCUACUGAAAAUAAUCACAUAAGAGCUGAUUUGUCAGAUUAAGAAGGAAAUGCUUAAAGAAUAAUUUUAAUCCCUGGUGAGAACUAAUAAGUAUCUCAAUUCAAAGUAUUGGGAUAGAAACGAAACCAGAUGA